UAAAUUACCCCCAACAACUGUGUUUUUCUCGGAAGAAUAUCGCAAGCCAUUCGUUAGUCAACGUUUCUGUAACUUCACUGCACAUUUUUUUUUAAAUUGAUUUUAGACACGAAUCAAGAAACUUGAUAUAAGGAUUGAUGUAUGACCUUAAUUUAGAAGAAUGUUAGUCAGUUAUAGUAGCAGCUCUGAAGAGGAGACAGAACAUUUACGAUUAGGAGGGAAUGUAACAAAAAGGAAGCAAAGUUGGCACAAAGAUGACAACUCAUUGAGGAAGAAGCACAAAUCAGAAGAGCACACCCUCAAUGCAAGUAAGUGUAUCUGUGAAUAGGGAGCAGGAUGACUCCAAGUCGAGACUGCCUGUUCCUGGCAGUGUGCUGGACAUGUUCACGGAGGAAGAUGAGGACCCACUGACUGACGACAGCAUGCAACAUGGUGGACGGAUUCGCUCCUUCAAACACGAGAGGGGAAACUGGGCAACUUACGUGUACUUUCCAUACAUCCCAGAGGAAGGGUUCUUGGAGCUGCUUGAUGAGAUGACUGAAGUAGCAGCAUCCCACAGCUUCUCCCUCACUCAUACAGAUGAGUUUCACCUCAGUUUAUCUAAGACAGUGGUUCUGAGGCAUCACUGGAUCCAGCCUUUCAUACAGUCCCUCAGAACAGGCUUGACACACAGCAGGAGGUUCAUUUGUUUGGCUGAGAAGCUGAAGGUCUACUCUAAUGAUGAGAGAACCAGGAUGUUCCUGGCUAUGGAAGUCUCCACAGGACAGGCUCAGCUACUAGAGCUUGUGAAAGCAGUGGACAGCACUAUGGAGGAGUUCAACCUUGACACGUUUUACAAGAAUCCUUCCUUCCAUAUAAGUCUGGCCUGGUGUGUUGGUGACUGCACUGAACACAUUCGCAAAAAGUGUCUGCAGGAGUUGCAGGGUCUGGUCGACUCCCAUGAGGAUGGACCCUUUCUCUUGAGGCUGGAUUGUCAAGAGCUGCGUUGUAAGGCUGGGAACAAGACCUUUUCCAUUCCACUACACUGACAAAACCAGUUGUCAUUCAGUCUAAUGUUGGAUACCUCAACAGUAAAAUGUGAAAAAA